UCAAUUUGUUUAGAUAUAUUUUAGAUAAGAAUAUUAGUUGGAACGAAACGUUCACAACUCGAACCUUACCUGGAUUAGUUUUCAACAAUUAACAAUGCUUUUUUUGUGUUACUUAAUUAUUGCAACAAUGAGCUUUUGGUAUCUCCUCAUAUUAAAUAAACAUUUCCGUAAGAUCAAAGUGGUAACAACUGAACCUUCAAAAGAAGCUAAAUUUUAUCAACAAGCACCAGGGCCCUUGCCAUGGCCAAUACUUGGUAAUCUACAUUUGUUAGCAUCUCAAAAGCCCACUGCAGAAUUAUUUACGGAUCUUUCUAAAAAAUUUGGAAACAUAUACUCGUUAACACUGGGAGCUACCAAAUGUAUCGUUAUAAAUAAUUUGGAAUUGAUCAAAGAAGUACUUAAUCAAAACGGCAAAUUUUUCGGAGGACGGCCAAAUUUCAUGAGAUACCAUCAACUCUUUGGAGGAGACAGAAAUAAUUCUCUAGCCCUUUGUGAUUGGUCAAUUCUGCAAAAAAAGAGGCGCAAUCUGGCUAGAAGACAUUGUUCACCGCGGGACACAUCUCCUUAUUUUAGUAAGAUGUCGAAUGUUGGAUGCUCAGAGACUAAAAUUCUGAUAGAGAAGCUUAAGGAAUCAAAUAAUAAUAGUAAGCAUAUACCGAUAAAGUCGUUUGUUCAACGAGCUUGUGCAAAUAUGUUCUUUCAAUACAUGUGUUCUGUGCGUUUUGAAUAUAAUGAUUACGAUUUCUGUGAAGUCGUUGACUUUUUCGACGAAAUCUUUUGGGAAAUAAACCAAGGAUAUGCGGUUGACUUCUUACCUUGGUUGGCACUGUUCUACAAAAACCAUAUGAGUAAACUAAUUCACUGGUCAUCGACUAUACGCAGAUUUAUUUUAAACCGAAUUAUAAAUAAAAGAAAUGAGUUAAACUCUUCUCAACCACAAGAAGAUUUUACAGAUGCUUUACUCAAUAGCCUCACUGAGGACAAAAAUGUUUCACGCGACACUAUAAUGUUUAUGUUAGAAGAUUUUAUUGGAGGACACUCAGCAGUAGGAAAUUUAGUUAUGCUUACUCUGAUAUAUUUGGUUAAACACCCCAAUGUUGCAAACAAAAUUCAAUUAGAGGCAGAUUCAGUUUCAGGUAAAGAACAGCGAAUAAUCAGUUUUUAUGAUAUCGAUUCUAUGCCUUUUACUAUGGCUACAAUCCUCGAGGUUUUAAGAUGUUCGUCCUCUCCGAUAGUCCCACAUGUGGCAACUGAAGAUACUGUAAUAUGUGGUUAUGGAGUUGCAAAAGACACUAUUGUUUUUAUUAAUAACCAUAACCUAAACCACAAUAAGUUUUACUGGAAGAAGCCUAAUUGUUUCCAACCGGAGAGGUUUUUGGAAUACUCCAUUGAGAAACCCGAUAUGAAUCCAAACGAAGUUAAAAAAACCAAAAGCCAAUUUUGGCAAAUAAAAAAAAACAUGCCAUAUUUCUUACCAUUCAGUAUAGGUAAAAGAACAUGUAUUGGGCAGAAUUUAGUACGUGGUUUUGGUUUCAUUUUAGUAGCUAACAUAUUAAGGCAAUUUAAUGUAUAUUACGAAAAUGUCAAUAAUAUAGAAAUAAAUAUGGGAUGUAUUGCACUUCCGGCAAAACCGAUUCCAAUAGUUUUAGUAAAAAGAAAUAAAAAUAUUUAAAAAUUA